AUGACCUCGGAACAAGGAUAUACAGCCUUCUUUGAAUUUAUUCAAAAUUAUAUCAAGAAUACAAUUUCUCUAAAUUCACCUCGUUCUCCAACAUCAUCCGAUACUGAUUCCAAUUCCAAUUCUAAUAGUGGAAGAGUUUCACAUAGAACGGCAACUUCUGCAUUUCCAAUCGUUAGAAAGAGAUUUCAACAAUUGUCCAUCUCUGAAUACACAUUUAUGGCCAUGAUGAAUGAUUUGAAACCUAAUAGCAAUCCUUUUAAAUUUAAUAAUAAUAAUAAUAGCAGCAAUAGCAGUAACAAUACCUUUAAUAAUAAUGGCAAUGGUAAUGGAAAUGGUUUAUCUAAUAAUAAUUCAUUGACAGUUUCUAAUUCUCCUAAUGAUCAUGGAGGAAAUGGUAGAAUUCCUUCAACUUCAACUGUCGAUUCAGAAUUUAUUGAAAAUGAUGAUGAUUAUUAUCAAAUAUCAUUUGAUGAAUAUCAAUUAUUAGAUUUAUUCGAUAUUUUAGAUGUUAAAGGAAAGGGAACUAUUUCAAUAGAAAGUGUUUACAUGUUUUUAUGCUUGUUUGUUUGUAGGGAAGGAAAAUUGCUUACAAAAUUCCUGUACCAAUUUGGAGAAUUUGUCUAUGAUACUUUCUGCUCAAUUGUAACUGUAAAUGAAAUGGAAACUAAUCCAUACUUGUCAUCAACUCCUGGUAGAUCAAGAAGUGGCUCACUUUCAAUGUGGAGUAGUAAUAGUCCAAAUAAUGUUCAAACCAAAAACUCAACUGGUGUUACUAAUAUUGUAAAUAAUAUUUCUCAGAAAUUUCAUCAGUCAAUCACUCCAGUUUCCUCACGUUCUACUAAUUCAAGUCCUCAACAUGUUGCUCAAGCUCCUCCAUUAGUGGUUGAAAAGAGUUCAGAAGAGAUUGAUCAAGCUCAAGAUGUUCAAGAAGAAUCGAGUGAUGAAUUGGAUUAUUAUGAGUCGUUUGAUGAGUGGACUCAACACGAAGAUAUUGAUUUGGAUUAUUAUUCAAAGAAGAGAUCUGACUUUUUGAAAUUGGCAAUGCUUAUUGGUUUUGAUGACAUGACAAUUGUCAAUCAUGUUAAUGAGCUUCAAAAUUUGAUUUUAAAGAAUAGAGCACAAAAAACCAAGCAACAAAACAUUACACUCAAGAGAGAAGAUUUCAUGUUUAUUUACUAUUCAGUUUUCAAGGAGUUUGAUAAUCCUAAUACAAGAAGUUCAAGUUCUAGUGCUUCCUCAGGAGGAGUUAUCAAAAGAAAGAAGAGAAAAAACAAAGCUCUACAACAAUCUUCAGAGAGAAGAUAA